UUUAAGUGCAUCAAAGGUCCCACCCAGUAAUGGAAAACGUGAAAUGCAGUAGGAAGUACAAGGAAGGGGAUUGGGGUAGGUCAAACAUUGAUGGCGUCCAUGAGUAAGGUGGGAUAGACAGAGCACGUUGGAAAUUAGAAUGGAGGUGGCAAGGAAGGUUAGCAGGCAGUGGUCGCUGGGGAGCAGGCAGUGGUCACUGGGGAGCAGGCAGGCAACGCUCUCGGGGAAAUGGAAGCUGAGCUUCGGGAGGCAGUCCUCGCUGGACCCCAACAAGAAGAAUGGGACCGUGGACGUGGAUUUGUGCGUUCCCGAGCAAUUGGACGCCACGAUGCAGAUGUUGUUCCUCACUUGCAGAGGCGACGCAGAGGGUGUGGAAGCCCUGCUGGAUCACCACCAUCCGCCCCUCGAUGUCAACAGCGCUGAUUUUGACGACAGGACUGCGCUGCAUGUCGCUGCUUGCCAAGGUCAUGCUCAUCUUGUCCAUCUCUUGAUCUCCCGUGGCGCCAACGUCAAUGCCAGGGAUCGCUGGGGCAGCACGCCACUAGCUGAUGCAAAGUAUUAUGGCAACACCGAAAUAUGCAAUAUAUUAAAAUCAAAUGGAGCCAAAUCACCUAAAACACCAAUGAGUGUAGCGAAUCCCCAGCAUGUUCCUGAAUAUGAAUUAAACCCAGUAGAAUUGUCGUUUCCACGUAAUGCAGACACAUCAAAGGAUAGCUAUCAGUUAGCAAAGUGGAAUGGUACAAAAGUUGCCGUAAAGAUUCUUGAUAAGCAUUAUUGUUCCGACUCUGAAAGCAUGAAAUCAUUCUGCAAUGAAUUGACACUGCUGCAAAAAAUUCGACAUCCUAAUGUGGUUCAAUUUAUUGGUGCUGUUACUCAAAAUGUUCCAAUGAUGAUCAUUGCAGAAUACCUACCAAAUGGAGACUUGAGCAGUUACCUUAAAAAGAAAGGGCGUUUACAACCUGUAAAGGCAGUGAGAUUUGCACUUGAGAUUGCCAGAGGAAUGAACUAUCUUCAUGAGUGCAAGCCUGGGGCAAUAAUCCAUUGUGAUUUAAAGCCAAAAAAUAUAUUGCGGGACAGUGGGGGGCAUUUGAAAGUGACAGAUUUUGGACUUGGUAAAUUAUUGAAGGUGUCCUCUGAUAAGGUUAAAGAAUCACAUAUCAGACCUUUGAAUGAUACAUCACGACUAUACAUGGCACCGGAGGUUUACAAAAAUGAAGACUUUGAUAGAAGUGUGGAUGUUUUCUCUUUUUGCCUGAUACUUUAUGAGAUGAUUGAAGGAACUGCUCCUUUCCAUCCAAAUUUACCAGAAGAAGCCUCUAGGAUGAUGGCUUUGGAGGACAAAAGACCACCCUUCAAACUCAAAUCAAAGAAUUGUCCUGGUGAACUAAAAGAGUUGAUUCAGGAAUGCUGGGACAGGAAUCCAUUGGUGAGGCCUACUUUUGCUGAGAUAAUUGUAAGACUAGAGAAAAUAAAGCCCUUAUGUGAAAAGCAUAAGUUUUGGAGUGGAGCAUUCAAAUUUCCAAGUAUCUAAUCCAGGAAAAUUGAGAAUUAAGCAUCGGAUUUGCUCUUCCUAAUUGGCUCCUCACAGGAUUGGUGCUGUUAAUUCGAAUGAAAUGAAAUGAGCACAGUAUACUUUUCAAAAAGAUACAUGUUAUACAAGAGAUUAUCGGAAUGCCAAGAGUAUACUUGCUCAGAUGUUAGAUCUUUUGGAGUUUUCACCCCAAUCAUCAUUGAAGGAUUCCUGCUGCAAAUAAUACCAAAAUGUUAUAAUUCUAUUAAGGAUGGAAGUAACAUGGUCUUGGACUAAUAAGCAUAUUUUAUAGCAGGCCAUAAAUUUUUGUCCAGAUGGACGGACAUAAGAUAUUUCUGUGUGUAUCACCUAAAUUGAAUAAACUAUGGGGAAUACCAUUAUUAAUUCAAUCCUUACCAAUAAAUAUAGUAGUUGAAUAUUCUUGAA